AUGCCUAAGAAACUCCAAAAAUCUCUUCAAGACUACCUCUCAAAGAUCAAAAAACCCACCACCCCACAAUUAGAUUUGCCUUCUAAAUCUCUCUCAUCUUCCAUUAGUUGGAUCCCGCGCGGUUGCAACCGUCCCAGAACACUAUCAUUCGCCGUUAAUCCCAAUGAAGUCGAGGUCCAUGACAAUGGCGAUGCAGCAACACUAGAAGAUAUCGAUCGUUUUCUGUUUCAGAAUUUCAAUUCUUUGUAUCUAAAGGACGACGACGAAGAAGAAGAUCACAAAAAGAAAGAUGACCAAGAUGUUGAAGAAAAAUCAGGUGGGUUUAUCGAUCCACCGCCUGAACUUCGUGGGUCUAAUCGGUUUUUUGCAGUCCCCGGCUCGUCAAGUUCAUUAAUGGAGGAAGCCGGCCGGUCAAGCAUGACGGCGUCCGACGACAUAGGUGAGUCUAGCUCCACCAAGACCACCACCACCACCGGAGAAAGUGAAGACGCCAAGGAAGUGAUGGGUCCUGAUGACUUUAUAGCGGUGUUAACAUACUCUCAAAGUCCGCACUGUGAUUUCCGGCAAUCAAUGAAGGAGAUGAUCGGAGCACAGAUGGACCACCGUGGUAAAGUUGACUGGGAAUUCAUGGAAGAGCUCUUAAUUCCGGCGAGAUUUCAAUACCUUGAAGUAGAAGGGGAAAGGGCUGAGAAAAGGGAUUAUGUAACAAGCCUCUUCUACGCUGCGGCGCACUCGGUCCUCCGUCGCAAGGUUCUUAUUCAGCUGUUGGGAACACAGUGA